AUGGCUAUAAAUGACACUGUUGGGUUUUGGCUUCUUAUUGUUUUUCUAAUUCCGUCAAUAAUCUGUAGUAUUUUCGAUCUUUAUCAUUUUGUAUUCGAUCGAAAACUUCGUCAGGCUCUAUACAAUCAUUCAGUUAUUGUUAUAAUUUUCUUUUGUUUAAUCUUUGAAUGUACAGACAUACUUUGGCUUAUUCAUAAUUAUAGCACUGGUCAUCCGUUGUCAUCAACGAAAACCUUUUGUUUUAUUUGGCAUUUUACUGAUCAUAUUGGUUUUCUUUUAAUAUCUAUCAUUGUUGCUUGGGCAUCAGUUGAACGUCAUAUUCUCAUUUUUCAUGAUAAAUGGUUGAUAAGAGGAAGACGGUUUUUUAUCCAUUAUCUUCCUUUAAUUAUUCUAAUUAGUUACUCAUUGUUAUUUUAUAUAAUUGCUUUUUUUGUUUUCCCAUGGGAACAUAUAUUUAAUUAUUCACAAAUUCAAUGUGGAUACAGCGACGAUCCAUUUCGUCCACAAAUUCUUGCUGUUUGGGAUAGUGUAGUGAAUACUAUUUUACCUGCUGUCAUAAUUGUUAGCUUUAACACGGCUCUUAUUUUUCGUGUUUUAUAUCAAAAGCAUCAAUUAAAUCAAAAAAUUAAAUGGAGAAAUUAUCGAAAAAUGGCUGUACAAAUGUUGUCAAUAUCUUCAAUCUAUUUUUGUCUUUAUUUUGUACCUAUGAUUCUCUAUACUGCUUAUUCAUUAGGUUUAUCACGUAUUUUUGCUCAUGAUUAUUAUGAUACUAGCUUAUAUCUCUUUUAUUUUAUCAUCAUUUUACUUCCUUUUAUAUGUGCUGUUUCAUUGCCAGAACUUCGAGCAAAACUAUGUAUUCUAAUUCAAAAGCGACAACAACGAAUUCAACAUAUGAAUGUUCCACAACUUCCAAUAGCUAUCCGAAAAAACGUUCAUCGAUCAGUAGCAGUAGGACCAAUUCACGAAUGUUAA